ACAAAAAAGGAUAAUAUAACACCCAUCUCUCUCGUAAAUUUCGUGAAUGAUGAAGGCAACAUACUCUUGGCGGUAUCUUCAGAAUUAUCAGAAAAUAUUCGGCAUAAAGCGGGAACAGUACCAUUAUUAACAAAAAUCCUGUGGGCUAACGAUACUGCCUAUUCAUGUGAUUUUGAGUUAUUGGAACAGGAACCUCUAGCAAUAGGUAAUGAUGUUGGUCUUAUAUCAGGUUACAAGCAAGAAAUAAUGCAAGAGUUACAUUCGUAG